AUGUCCCAACACGCAAAUUCAUCAUCCUGGACCUCUUUUUUAAAAUCGAUAAGUUCGUUCAAUGGCGAUCUGUCGUCCUUGUCUGCUCCUCCAUUUAUUCUUUCUCCUACAUCAUUGACGGAGUUCUCUCAGUACUGGGCUGAACACCCAGAUUUGUUUCUGGAGCCAUCGUUCAUUGACGGUGAAAACUACAAAGAACACUGUCUCUUUGAUCCAAAUGUGGAAUCACAGGAAGUGGCGCGAAUGUUGGCGGUGGUUAGAUGGUUCAUUUCUACUUUAAGGUCACAAUACUCUUCUAGGAACGAAUCGAUGGGUUCUGAAAAGAAACCUUUAAAUCCAUUUCUAGGUGAGGUAUUUGUUGGUAAAUGGCAAAGUGAUAAAAAUCCAGAGUUUGGAGAAACAGUACUUUUAAGUGAGCAGGUUUCACAUCAUCCACCAAUGACCGCAUUUUCAAUCUUUAACGAUAAGAAUGACGUUUCCCUUCAAGGUUACAAUCACAUUAAAACCGGUUUUACUAAGACUCUGACACUAACCGUCAAGCCAUAUGGACAUGUCAUUUUGAAAAUCAAAGACGAAACUUACCUGAUCACAACUCCACCUUUACACAUUGAAGGUAUUUUAGUUGCUUCCCCCUUUGUCGAACUAGGUGGUAGAUCGUUCAUUCAAUCAUCGAAUGGUAUGCUGUGUGUCAUAGAAUAUUCAGGUAGAGGGUAUUUUACCGGUAAGAAGAACUCAUUCAAGGCAAGAAUCUAUAAAAAUCCUCAAGACCAUAAACACAGCCAUAAAGAGGAUGCUCUGUACUUGAUUUCAGGACAAUGGUCAGGUGUUUCAACAAUUAUAAAAAAAGACUCGCAGGUUCCACACCAGUUCUAUGAUUCGUCAAAGACACCCGCCGAGCAUUUAAUAGUUAAGCCAAUCGAGCAGCAGAAUCCUUUGGAGAGCAGAAGAGCUUGGAAAGACGUGGCAGAAGCAAUUAGAUCGGGCAAUAAUAGUAUGAUAAAGAAAACUAAGGAAGAGCUAGAAAAUGCACAAAGAGCUUUGAGAGAACAGGAAGCUGCGAAAGGUGUUCAGUGGCAAAGAAGAUGGUUUAAACAAGUAAACUACUCCAAAGAAGACGAAUCCAGUGAUGCAGAAAAGCCAAGCGACAAUGAUAUUUUCAGAAAGUUGGCAUCGACACUUCAGCUCUCUGAGAAAAAUGUGCCAAGUGGAACGUUAAUCGGCGCUAAGGAUGAUAAAAAGGACGUCUCAACCGCAUUGCAUUGGAGAUUUGACAAAGAUUUGUGGGCGAAAGAGAAGGAGAUUAUUAUAUAA